AUGACACCAACGCUACUCAGCCGCUCGAACUCCAAGGCCAGCAGCAGAGCUGGGAAACUGAUCGAGUAUGGAACCGAAGGAGGGGCAAGGUUCCUCGAGGUCGUCGUUGCCAUCUCAGACCUGACGCCGGUACCGUAUUUGAAGGCCGCCGCUGGUACGACGCUCAAAAUACUUGACACGGUACAGUUGGUCCGGGAGAACAAGUCCGAAUUUGAGCGGCUGGCUCGAGAUGCCGAAGACUUCAUAGCGGUGGUCUACCAGUCGUGGCAAAGAUCAGGAGGCACUAUCGCUACCUGGUCGGAGGAGAAGGUUAACGUUGUGAAGGAUCUGGUAUCUACACUGGAAGAGAUUUUGACAUCCGCCAUGGAGCACUCGAAACGGGCCAUUUGGAAGCGCACGAUCUCCAGCAGAGUCGAUUUAGGAUCAAUUAAACAGUAUCGAGAGCGUCUUCUCUUUGCUGUUUCCAAAUUUGAGGUUGCGUGCCACCUGUCUGUGGAGGAAAAGAUCGACCAGCUACAGGUGCUACAAAUUCAAAUGAUGCAAGGGAAUGCUCAAGGUCAACGUCUCCUGCGAGAGAAUAACGAAUUAAUGAGGUGCAUUGGCUCAAGCGACACUCAGCAGGGAAAUCAAGUUCACGGUUCAGAACCAUACGUUUCAAUGGCCUCUUCGGCGAUAGGAAAUGGGUGGCCUGGAAAAGUUCUCUCGCGCUACAUACCAGAGGCUAUUCUGUCGCAACCAAUGAAGAUCCAGAGCCAGAAACUUCGUCCACGCGCUCCUUCUCCAUUAUAUCUAGGUCCGUCGUUGUCAGCUCCUCAAUACUCUUUACAAUACUCCACGAGCUCAGCAACGUUCGGACCAUUAUGGACGAAGGAGGUCGAAAAUGAAGGUAUUCGCAGGAGCUCCAGUUUGCGGUCGAGGAGUCAAGAUCAAAGGGCGGCACAUAAUCAGACGUUAGGCAAUCGCGACAUGGCAAAAUCCGCAGAUGCCUUGACAUAUAUUUCGAGAUCGGUUGAUUCACCUAUUCGAAGGGCCGCACCGCCAUCAUCCCUUCGUGUCAACAUUUAUUCUGAAUCAAGCUAUGGGGCGCCUCCUCAUGCAUCAAAUUCGUCGCCGCCACAAGGGCAAUUCAGCGAGGAUGAAGAUUCGGAUUCCAGCCUGAGCGACGAAGAACUGGAAUAUCAUAUGGAAGUCGAGGACUGGUCUUCGCCUGCAGCAGUUGCACAUUAUCUUCCUCCCUCGCCGUCUCUUUAUCCCUCCCACGACAGCGCCUCGGAUGCUGACUCGCUCCAGGUCCCUGGCCUUGGCGUUCAUCGAAAGCACUCAAAUCAUGGCGCAGUCCGUGGCCGUUCUCUUGCAACAGGCUGGGGUUCUCGAUUCGAACAGGGCUAUGACCGCGGGGUGGUGCAACGACAGAAAUCCACACCUUUUCGCCUACCGUCCGAGUCUUCAACUGCGACCGCUCCUUCACCUUCUAUGAAUCGCCAUGGACUAUCCGAAUCUAGCCCAGGCCCACUCACGCCACCAAGGUUCGAUUCGUCAUCUGUCUUCGACGAUGACUUCGAAUACUCCUCCGACCUAGAAGAGAACGAUGGCCAUUAUGACGAAGAGGACGGCCCUCCUACAGAGGGUCCACAACCCCCACGCCAAGCGAUGACAACUUCUCUUCAUCGCCGGUCAUCUUCCUCCUCGUCUGCCCUGUCCUAUAUGUCAUACCAUACGUGGCGGGACGAGGUUAAGCAACUCCAGCCCUCUUCCACCCCAAGCCACAGCCAUAGCCGGAAGUCUGGAUCGCAAACUAACUCCCCCUAUCAAAUAUGGACUCCACCAGAUGGGACCCCCAGAACAAGCGCGGAAGACCUUUUGCUCUCCUCGUUGAAGUAUCGCCGCCUUCAAGCUUCCCACCCCAACAAGUCUAUGCCCAACUUCCAAUAG